GGCGUCCGCUAGUACAGACUGAUGAAGAAGUGAGUGCAUUUCACAUUUGUUUGAAUAAUACGCAGUGAGGGAAGGAGGGUUGUUUCUGUGUUGUGCAUAUCUAGUUUGCCACAAAAAGAAACGUAAUGCAAUUACUCGCUUGCAAGCGAGCUCGAGUCAUAGCCUUAUAAAAGAUCGUUACAAUGUAUCAUGGAGCUGCAAAUUCACAAAGCUGUCGACAGAUCAACAACUUCUGAGAAACAACAUAGCUACUGGGCUUCUUUCGCUGUGGACAUUAACGGCGAUGUGGAUUAAUAUUUGAACAUUGGCAGUAUAAUUUAAAGGAGACUGUCCUGUUAAACUGUAUGGCUUUCAUAAUGAUGAAGAAAAAGAAAUUCAAGUUUAAAGUCGAUUUUGAACUGGACGAGCUGUCCUCUGUUCCCUUUGUCAACGGAGUUCUGUUCUGUAAAAUCAGACUUAUGGAUGGUGGCUUUACAGAAGAAUCGUCCAGGGAGGUGGUACAAGCUAACUGUGUUCGGUGGAGGAAGAAGUUCUCGUUUCUGUGUAAAAUGAGUGCCAGUGCCAGUACUGGAGUGCUAGACCCGUGUGUCUGCAGGGUAUCAGUGCGAAAGGAAAUGAAAGGAGGAAAGACAUAUGCAAAGCUUGGGUUUGCUGAUCUGAAUCUGGCCGAGUUUGCUGGCUCUGGGAACACAAAGCGGAGAUGCUUACUUGAGGGCUAUGAUACCAAACACGUCCGGCAGGAUAAUUCCAUUCUGAAGGUUUUGAUCAGCAUGCAGCUGAUGUCAGGGGACCCCUGCUUUAAAACACCCCCUUCAACAGCGAUGUACAUAGUAAUACAAGGAGAAGCUGAACAUUUACAUCAAGAUCGAAAGGGAAGAGAUACACUGAAGCCUUUAUUUGGUAUUUCAGACCCCCCAGGAAAGUGUGCCUCGGUUCCAGAGGAACUUGGAGUGUGUGGUCACUCCAGAACAUCAAGCUAUGCUAGUCAGCAGUCUAAAGUAUCAGGGUACAGUACAGGGCACUCGCGCUCCUCGAGCCUGUCUGAGCUUUCCCACAGGAGGAACACCUCUGUGGGCAGCGCAUCGACAGGGAUUGGAAGCAUCCCUGAACCCAGCGGGGAGAGCUCUCCCAGGGUAGGACCUGCUGCUGCUGCUGCUGCUGGGGCAGCUUCUGCUCCCGUGCCAGGGCACCUCACCCCAGUCAAGAGUGGCUCCUCCUCCGAGCGGCUCUGCAGGCAUGCAGUGAAGCAGGACUCUGUGGAGUCUCAGCUGAAGCGGGUCGAUGCCACCAGGGUUGAUGCCGAUGACAUUGUGGAAAAGAUUCUGCAGAGUCAGGACUUCACUCGCAGUCUGCUAGACUCCAGCGCAGAAGAAGAGGGAUUACGGUUAUUUGUAGGGCCUGGAGGAAGCACUGCUUUGGGGAGCCAUCAUCUACCCACAAGGGUUGGAGCAGGGGCUUAUGAACAAGUGGUGAUAAAGCGUUAGAAGAGAGAGACCAGACAUUCAGAGAAGCAAUGACAUGGAAAUGAAAUCUCACAGAAGGGGCAGAGGCGAGACUGUUGCGUUUCACUUCAUUCCAGCAACACUUACACAAUCCUUGAAUUUAAAGCCGGUGGGACCCACUGAAGAGCUACUACACACAGCCUGUAUAAACAAGCACCUUUGAGUGUUAAGUCAGUGAAGUAGUAGCAUAGAUAGAGUAUUUACACUUGAUAUGUAGUGAAGGAGAAGAAGAAAAAUCAGAUCCAGAAAACUGGAGCGUGUGUAUCGGGUUAUUCACAUUGUAAAGCUGCUUAUAAGGGUGAGUCUCUUCUAAAGGAGUGUUGACAUUCUCUGUUACCCAGAUGUUAUCAGUCGCCAAGUUCCAGUUUUUUUUUUUUUUUUUUAACAAUCCAAGGCUAAUAAUAAUAAUAAUAAGAAGAAGAAGAAGAAUAAUAAUGGUUUUAGCUUCAAUCGUUUUAUUUAAUAAUGAAUUUUGAUUUGUAGAUGCUUCUGAUCUGCAACUAUGGCCAAAAGUUUAGCAUCACCGAGAAUAUUAGGAUUGUGACAUAACAAAAAAAAAACAAAAAAAAAAAACUAUAUGAGCAUAAUUUAGAUAUUUUAUUUAUCAUCAUGUAAUCAAAGAAACUACAAAAUUAUAUUGCAAAAGUCUACCGGAAGCAUAAUAGUACAGUAUUUCAUGUUAGAUUUCAAAAUGUCAGUUUAUACAAAAAACCACAAAGCAGUAUGUAAUUCAAUACGUUAAAGUCACAUUAUUUAGCAGGUUUCAUUCGACUUUAUGAAGUAAAAUUAGUUAAUUCAAUGGGUGAUGCAAAACUUUUUGCCAUAGAUGCUCAGUACAAGUAUUUGCCCAUUGUCUUAAGAAGUUUGCGAUAUUUUAUAAACAUGAAUUAUAACUGACAUGACUGUCACGCUGAAUGCCGUAUGGUAAUAGAAAAAAAGAAUAGAAUGCUAAAACUGUCAACAUUACUCAGUGUCACAGCUUUUAGCAGAAUAGCACAGACAUAAACAUCUUUAUUAUUUUAAUAUUGAAUUUAAGUUAAUGAAUAUAAACUCAGGUAAUCUAGUCUGGGAACUAGAGGAAAUUGAAGGCAAGCAUUGCCUUUGCAGUGAUUCGGUUUUUGAGAACCAAUUUGAGAAUAACUGAACUUUUUUUAUUUAAAAAUUAUUUUCCUUAGCGGUGCUUCUGUCAGUUGCAUAUUCCAACUGUCCAACGCCACCGGGAUUACUAUUAUUGUUUUCUUUUGGCCUAAAACAUACUGCACACAAAGUGUUCUUAAAAUGUCAAAUUUUGGAAGCAACUAUUAUGGAAGCAACAAUCAU